ACAUACAAUAAUACCUAUCCAACAAAACAAAAACAAAAAUGGUGAGUGGACAAGUUUCCCAUGAGUUGGAAGUGAUGGCGCCGGCCAACAAAGUUUGGGAGAUCUACGGCACCCUUCGGCUAGCAAAACUGGUCGAGGAAAACCUCAAAACUGUCAUCGAGAAUAUUGACGUGGUUGAAGGCGAUGGCGGCGUUGGCACUGUUUUGAACCUCCAUUUUGUCCCUGGCGUGGCCAAAUACAAGAGUUACAAGGAAAAGUAUACCAAAGUCGACGAUGAGAAGCGCGUGAAGGAAGCCGAGGUGGUGGAAGGAGGAUACCUAGACUUUGGUUUCACACUUUAUCGAGUUCGAUUUGAGAUGAUAGAGAAGGACGAAGGUUCCUCCAUUAUCAAGUCCACCAUCGAAUAUGAGCUCAAAGAAGACUCUGCUGAAAAUAUCUCUCUGGUGUCUCUUGACCCCCUGGCUGCCAUCGCCCUUAUUGCUCAAAACCAACUCCCUAUAAGUUGAGGUUCAUAGGAUGGUAUUUAGUAAUGGUCCGGAUGUAGUAAUGGUCCGGAUGAAUAGUUGUUGUAACUUUGUGUGAAUUUUUAAAACAGAGAAGUGUUAAGUGUGUGAUGAUGGAAAGAGUCACACUGGGAUAAGAAUACUUUUUAACAUGAGAAUUGGGUUUGGGCCACAGCGGUACCCAUUUUUAUAUGCAUGUGUGAGCACACCUAUUCACCACACGCGCGUCGUUGCCUGCCGACUAGCGUGUGGUGUCAUUUUAUUUUUUUUUUGUUGAAAAAUUAUUUAAUAAAAUAAAUACUUUUAUUAAUUAA